UGAGAGGAGAGCACAGAUUGGGAAAGCCUCGUAGCCCAUUAUUGCCAGUUUUGUGUAUGCUGUUGCUACCUUGCAGUUUAUGACAUGGCUUGUAGUGGGAGGUCUGAUAGACUGAACCAGGCACUCUGUAAGACAUGACAUUCCUGGUAAACUCACAGUGUAAUCUCAUUGCACACACAGACUGCUCUUUCUUGUUUAAGAGAGCUGCUGCCAAUUGAGUUUUAAUUAAAACCAAAACUGCAUAUUUAUUUUUUCUAGACUUUUGGAUCCUCUGGAGCAUUACUCUACAAUGUAUAGUUGGAAAGCCAACAAGCUGAACAGAUCAGUAAGGAGUAAACAAGUCCCCCAUUGCAAGAACUGCUUCCAGUCUGAAAGGAACAUGUGAAGCCCAUAAAUUGUGUUGGAAGAAGCACACAGAGAAUACUCAGAGGAUAGAAAAACAUAAAGAAACAGAGGCAAUAGACUGACAUGGAAUUCUCAUCCUGCAACUACUAUACUCCCGGAGGUGCAAGACCAAAACAAAGGAAGAAGGAUUAUAGUUUAGGAUGACGUGGACUGGAGCAAAAGUUCAUGGUCACACCAUAUAACCUCAAAUCAACUUUUAAAAAAAAUCUGGAUUGAAUUAAACUGCAAUCUGAUGACUGAGUUUAAAAGGAGCCGGAGAAAAUUGUGUUAAACCCUCUGAUCAUGGGAGGGAACCUAUGGAUCUUAUAGCACAAUUCCCUAAGGAAGAUGGAUCAUCGGUAAAACUCAGGACCAGCUAUUAUGAAUCUCUCCUUUGUGGAUUAAAAUCAGACCAAUGCUGGAGAAAAGAUACCCCGUUCUGUUCUUUCAGAUCAUUUCUCCACAGAACUCGGGUUUAAGCAUGGAUAUUCUUGACAAAGAGAAGCUUUUGAAUGUCACCAAAAGCUCCCUGUUCCAAUUGAACCAUGAAAGGAAAUUUUAUAACAGUGAUCUUGGAACAGGAGGAGCUAAUAUAUCUGACAAUUUCAACUGGACCCAGGGUUCGGAAAACUUGACACAGCUUUCUCCAGAAAGAAGUUCCUUUUCUUUAGAAAAAAACUGGCCAGCCCUGCUUACAGUCACAGUUAUUGUGGUAACCAUUGCUGGAAAUAUAUUAGUGAUCAUGGCUGUCUCUCUGGAGAAGAAGCUUCAAAAUGCCACAAAUUAUUUUCUCAUGUCCCUUGCCAUAGCUGAUAUGCUUAUAGGCUUCCUUGUGAUGCCCAUCUCCAUGUUAAACAUACUCUAUGAUUAUGAAUGGCCUUUACAUAGAAAACUGUGUCCCAUUUGGAUUUAUUUGGAUGUACUGUUCUCCACUGCUUCUAUCAUGCACCUCUGCGCAAUUUCUCUGGAUCGGUACAUUGCAAUAAGAAACCCUAUCCAUCACAGCCGCUUCAACUCAAGAGCCAAGGCUUUUGCUAAAAUAAUUGCUGUAUGGACGAUAUCUGUGGGUAUAUCCAUGCCAGUGCCUGUGUUUGGACUGCAGGAUGAUAGCAAAGUGUUCAAUCAAGAAAACUGUUCUUUGGCAGAUGAGCACUUUAUCCUCGUUGGAUCCUUUGUUGCGUUUUUCAUUCCUCUAAUCAUAAUGGUGGUCACAUACUUUUUAACAAUAAAAUUGCUACAGAAGGAAGCAGACAUUUAUUUUAAUAGCCUUGGGGCAAAAAGUAAGCUUGCAUUUUUUAGUUUUCUCCCACAAACAUCUAUUUCUUCAGAAAAGCUAUUCCAACGCUCCCUGCAAAAGGAUCUUGCUCCAUUUGGAAGGAAGACUAUGCAGUCCAUCAGCAAUGAGCGGAAAGCCUCCAAGGUCCUGGGCAUUGUAUUUUUCCUCUUUGUGGUCAUGUGGUGUCCAUUUUUCAUCACCAAUGUGAUGGCAGUUAUCUGCAAAGACUCAUGCAAUGAGCAGAUUAUAGGAGAACUGUUGAAUGUCUUUGUGUGGAUUGGAUAUCUAUCUUCAGCAGUUAAUCCACUGGUGUACACACUCUUCAACCAAACAUACCGCUCAGCUUUUUCUCGUUACAUCAAAUGUCGGUACAGGGAGGAGAAAAAACCUUUACAAUUAAUUUUAGUGAAUACCAUUCCUGCACUGGCAUACAACUCAAGUCAACUGCAACUUGAACAAAUGAAGAAUAACAAGAAAGAAAGAAAAAUGAAAACGAAUGAAUACACAUUGGUCAGUAUAGGAUUACCCUCUUUGGACAAAACGAAAUCUGAAGCAGGUUCACAAAAUGAAAAUGUUAGUUAUUUGUAAGUGUGACAUUAUGCUACUGUUAAUUUUGCAUUAUAAAUGGACCCAGGGCCAGAGCCUUAUGAAAAAAACUUGCACAAGGAAGAGAUCUUAGAUAGAUGUUAUUUUCUAAUGGAGACCAAUGUAGGACUUUCUAAGAGGACAAAGUUGAAAUCUUCUAGAUACAUAUAUUUAUUAUAAAACUUUAAGAGCAAACAAAAAGAAAAUUAUAUUACAUGACAAAAAGAUUUUUUAUGAGGCAUGCCUCAGUUACCUUAAUGUACCUCAAACAACUCGCUGCAUCUGACUGUGAUUGAGCACUUUAAAGGGUCUGUAUUCUUUCAAGGGACAACUAUAUUUAAGAUGUUUCCAGUAGCUACGGUGCCUAUUGAGAUGUAAAGUUUUAGAUUUAUUGGUAAUAGUGCAGCAAUGACCUACAAAUUAAAUAAUUACACACUUAGGUAAAUAAAGAAGCAGUGGAUUGUUCAGAUUCAGAACAUAUGUUACAGUAUUUAAUUUUUCAGAAAGAAUAUACCUCUUUUAUUUUCUGUUUUGUGAAGUUUUUCUAUGUUUGGAAAAUAAGAAAAUGUUUGCACAAUUGUGAUUAGUCUCCUUAGAUGUGUGAGGUUUCUCCUAUGGAGUGAUGAUUCCGUUAUGUAGCAACCCAACAUUGUUUUCCCUGAUUGUAUGGAUUUUUUUGGAUAUGUUCUUGAUGCAAUUUUGUGAACCAGAUUGAUUUUAGGGUAAACCUACUAAGGCAGCUGCUCUAAGACUAAAGCUGGAAGGUGUGUGUGCCUUGCCCAAAAGUCUGAAUUUCACAUCUUAAAAUUGGUAGACAUAUGGCUCCUCCAUUUCAUAUUCUUCUUUGGUUCCAUUUUUUGAUAAGCAUGAUAAUCAUGCGGGAACCAGUAUGCAGUACUGUUAAAAAGUGUACCUAAAAUUACAGAUUUCAUAUGCAAGAACAAUGGCUCAUUAAAUCAUUAAAUGUAAUCUUAGGUCAAGGCACUGCACUACAUACGUUUAUCACGCCCUAUGGGGGCAAACUUUAGUUCGUCAAAACUUGUUGCAUACAGAGUGUUCUGGUUGGAGGACCCCUGUUUGAUAUUUUAUUAUGUGCAGUGACUUGACUUAAAAAAGGGGCCAUAUCCACAAUUUAUUAGCACCUAGUGGCUCAGUGACAUCAAAAUAUAUUUUAAGGGAUUCAGUUAAACUCCCACGAAUUGGAUUCAUUUCAUAAAAUGACUGUCUGUGUUAUGUCUAGGCAGUGGGUAGAUUUUAAUAAGACCUUACACCUAUUCAUUGUAUUCACCUAAUCACAAACAAAAUGCAAGUACUGGAACUCCAUCUACCCUCUUUCACUCCUAUGCUAUGAAGUGAUGAGCUUAUGAUAUGACAUGAGACAGUAUGUGAAUGAAAUUGUGAUUUAUAGAGGUGUCAUCAUUGCAUAUGAACCAGACAAAAGCAAAAAAGUGCUUUGGAAUAUAGAUCACACAAUUUUCACAAUAUUGCCAGGGAUGAGGAAAAAAACAGGAUAUCUUGCUAGCCCAUGAUAUUAAUUUAAUUUCAUAUAGGUUCUAAAAAGAGCACAGAAAACGUUAAGGAAAAUUUCAGUAUGUCUGGCUUCAUGCCUCACUAAAUUUUCUAAGACAGGGGUGUCAAAGUCAAUUUCAUCGUGGGCCGCACGGAUUAUGAUUGUCCUCAAAAGGGCCGGUUGUAUCUGUAAGAUU